CAAAAAAUUCAUCAAAACGGCGGCGUCAACUGAGAGAAUCGCAUAAGGUACAUUGUCUGAGAAUGGAGUACUCUUACAUAGACCAAGCUAUCGUGGCAAAAAGAAUCGCCGAGAAAAAGUUAUCGGAAAUGAACAUUACAGAAGCGAAGAACUAUGCAUUCUUAGCUCGAGAACUGUUCCCCGACCUAGACGGCUUGUCUCAAUUGCUCAUGACCAUCCACAUCCAUCUUACAUACGAGACGAAAAUAAACGGACAAAUCGACUACUACGGAAUCUUUGGCGCCGGCCCUUUCGUCGACGAACAAUUCUUGAAAAGUCAAUACAAAAAAAUGGCGCUCUCUCUCCACCCGGACAAAAACAAGUUAGUUGGCGCCGAGGGAGCUUUCAAGAUUCUGCAAGAAGCAUGGGAAGUUGUGUCGGACAACUGCAAGAGAACUGCGUACGAUGCGAAGCUUAUGAACCGUGGAGAGUCGGUUAAUGGGAAUUGCAACUCCGAUCCGAUAUAUAAGGACACCACCGAAACUUAUCCAGAGAGGACUAUGCCAUGUCAGCAGAAAAAUAAGGGCGGCGGUUCGAGUAGUAAUGCGCCAGCUGUUUCGGCUUCGUGCCUUGAAAAUAUUCAUUCGGAGAAUACGUACGUGGAAAUGUUGCUUAAGAAUAUGGCGGACAAUACGCAUGAAGGUCAAGAUAUGGAAUUGAAGCACUUGAUUGAAGGUGUGAAAUUUAGGGCAAGGAUGAUGAUUUCCUUGGCUUCUUUGGAAGAGCUGUAAGAAA